CCCCAAGAUGUCAGGCAGCCGGGCUGUUGCCGAGAGGUAAUUAGAAGCAAUUAGCCGGUGUCCCUGCUGGGCAGAUGCCUAUUACCUCUCUCCUCUUUGUCCUUCCCCUGCUGCCGCCGCAGGGCAGCGACUUGUGGCAGUGAUGAUCCCCUGACCGGGCGUGCCUGUGCCUGUGUCCGUGCGGGCGGUGGAGGCGCCCCGGCCCCCUCCCCGCCCCGCCGCAUUGUGGAGGGAGGGACCGCGGCCGCCUCCGCCGGCGUGCGGGGCCCGGCGCUGUCCGGGGUGCUGAGCCGUGCGGGGCCCGGCGCUGUCCGGGGUGCUGAGCCGCGCCGCGCCCGGGAGGCACCAUGGUGUUCGCUCCAGGUGAGAAGCCAGGGACGGAGCAAGAUGAAGUUAAGCUGCAAAAUGCCAGCAAGCAGAUUGUGCAGACUGCUAUCCUCCGAGCAGUGCAGCAAGUUUCCCAGGAGAGCCAGCAAAAGGAGAAGCGAACAAACAGCAGUACAAGCCUCCAGCUAGAAAGAGGAAAAUUAGCCAAGAAGCAUGAAAAGAACUGAAGGAGCGGGUUUUUUCAAUCCUCCGGUCUGCAGUGUUUUCAGCCUUCUCUUUAGUAUCAGCCGUAUUGCUAGUGCAAUGUUACUGGUGUAAAGCAAACCAAAGUAUAAUCACACCUAGACAUAGGGUAAAAGCUGCAAUAGUCCUCAGCUGAGAAAUAUUAAGUGCAUUAGAUGACUAACUACGUAUUUAUGCAGUGCCUCCUAACAGAAACAGUAACCAUAGCUAUAAAAGUACUUUCAAGCACAAGCUAUUACGGUCUGGACUUAUUCUCAACAGCUUGUUGUCAGUGCACUUUCAUUUAAGCUCUGCGUGCAAUGUUUAUGUCAAUUCAGCUGGAUGGACUGAGUUACUGGGUUCACUGAAGCUGUCUUCACCAAAGAAAUAGUAUCCUGUUGAGUGUAGCAGAAUGCUUUCAGGCUGCCUUGUAGCAUGAGUUUGUACUUUGCUUUGAUCAAACAUGGGCUAUGUGAAAUGGCAGUGUAAAGUGGAUUUGGUAAGUUCCAUGAACCAAUUUCUUGUUUCAUCUUGGGGAAAAAAAGCGCAAUCCAGUAAGACUGCAGUGACUGUGAUCUAUGACUGUGAUCGUAGACCUAUGACCCAUGUCUUUUUUUAAAGAAGUUAAAAGAAAUACUGCAAUUUUAAUCUACUUAUUUGAAAUACUUCUGUACUUCUGCAUAGAAAUCACUUGUGCCUCAACUAUUCCUUUUAAUUAUCUUGAUAUUGAAAGAAGAGAAACUGAUGUGCUGAUACAGAGUUUGCUAGCUUUUUCUUCAGUUUUGCAACUUUGCUGGGGCUUGAUUUACAGAAAAUGAAGACUGGAGUAGCUUCAAAAAAAAGAAAAAAAAGGUUUUGAGUUUAUUAAUAUCUUGAAGGAUAGAAAUACACUGUGUCUGAAUUCUGUCAUGGUAGAUAUUUCUCACCUGCUGGGCAUAAAGUGACUUUAGAUAUUUGCAAUUGUUACAUAGAUUUUCACCUUAAAUAGCACAGCGUCAGAAUAGCUGGCAAUACAGAACUUAUCCUUUAACUGCUUUAUAUAGCUAAAGAAAUCCAUGAUGUUUCUGAAAAUACAAAUUAAACAAAUGUAGCUUUCACUUUUAUGCUCCCGUACUGUAAUGAUUGCACUAUUACACAUCCAAAAUGGAUAACAGUAUAUAUAAUUCUAGAAAUGACUUGUAGCUCUGCUUCAACUGAAUUCUUGUAGUAAUACACCUAGAAAUAUAAAGAAGCUGAUGCACAGGAUCUGCAAAGGAGACAAACUUCCGUAAUUGCUUUUCUACUUGGUUAGAUGAUUCUCAAAGAGACUUUGGUUUAAGUAAUUGACUAUUACUUACUGUGUCUUACUGCCUGUGUUAAACAACUUUAGGAUUCUUUCCCAUGGCCAUAGGCUUAGUCAUGAAUAGCCACAUACUGUAUAUUAAGCCUUUGAAAUCUACUUAGUUCCUUUUUGUCUUUUUUAAAUAUAACAGCACUGACUCAUACCAGAUAAUGAUUUAGCUCAAUCUUCUUUCACUUAAAAAUGCAAAGAAGAAUUUGACACGAUUAAAAUUGUUCUAAAUCCUCUAAUAAUGAAAACUGACUUAGAUUGCAAGUACACAGUUGGUUCACUUCUAUAGACAUUGGGUGAAUUUUUCCAGCCAAGAAAACUUUGGAAGGUGGAAUCAGUUGGGUCUUGAGGCAUCUGUGUGUGUCAUAAUAGUAAUUUUUUUGCCAUUAGCUUUUCCAUCAGUUGCCCUUUGGGUGAGAGGUAGCUCUUUUCUGAGCACUCUUUGCAUCUUUCCUGACUGAAAGCCUAAGAAAACUAAUCAUCAGUAAAGGUUCAAUUCUGAGGCUGAUGGGCAUGCAAGUCUAGUAGAUGGGGUAGAGCGAGCUUGUUGGAGCAAAAUGGUGUUUGCCAUGGACUCACCUACAGUAAUGUAGGAAGGAGAACUGUAGAACAACAAAAUCCCUAUCUCUUUGGGAUUAUUCUACUAUUUUUAAUGCUUUUUGUCCCCAGAAAUUUGCAAUAUGUCUUUUUUUUUUAGUGUUCCUGGUAAUUAUUUUAAUAAUCUUUGUGCAGUUCGGAAACUUCUUUGCAUGUCCAUUUUUUAAAAAUCAUUGUGUUAGAAAAAGAGGAUUUUCAAAAGCCAGUGAGCCACUGCUUGAUGUGAGCCUAUCAACUCCUCCUUCCAUUAUGAUCUUCCACAAUAUCCCUUUACUGUCCUCUUUUAGACACACCAUUACUCAACCAUUAAAUCAUGCCCAUCAUUUUCAGUGCUGUUAGAAGUCUAGUAUCUUGGAGAGAUAAAAAUGGUAGGAAGCCUAACAGACCCUUGAGGAAGCUUUCUAUGGUCUCCUGUUGAGGGAAAACAAAUACUGUAGCUUAAAUAGUGUAGUUUUCCCUGAGAGCCAGAUAAUACAUCUCCUAUCUACAGUAUAUAUCCCUAAAUUAAGGCAUGCAUUUAGUAUCUCCUAUUGACAAAGAGUGUUCUGCCCACCACUUGCAUCCAGGAUAUGUAGUUGAGGUCUGUACUGCAUGGGAGAGAACUGCACAAAAGAAAACUUUGCCUUUGGCUUGUUAUAUGUCUACUACAUGCUGAAAGCGGGUAUUUUUGGUAUCUUCACUGACAGAUUAUAUUUUCUGGAGAAAAUAGAGAGUAUAGAAAUUAUUACAGUUGUGAUGCAGGUCUGAUUACAAAUAAAAAAAAAAUAUAAAGAAACUCUUAAUACCUUACAUGCCUCUGGUUUCUCUUGUCAAAAGAAGGGAAGCAAUUUUCAGAUUCACCAGACAAUUGCAAAGCAAGCAAUGUUUGUAGUAAUUAAUGCAGUAUUCAGCAAUAAUUCGUAUCUUAAAAGUAUAAGAUAAUUAAAAUGGUAUCUCUUUGUAUUUAAAACUAACUCACCACCUCUUAGCCUUCAUCAGUGGUAAGUAUAAGGAUGCACAAACAUGUGAAAGUACAUUUAUCACAACUCCUUUCAUGAAAAAGAAUCGGGUGCCUGUGGCUAUCCUGCACUGUGCUUGCUAUGUUUGUAGGCUGCAGUUCUUUAAAUGUGUGCUAACGUUAAGUGCAGGGGUUAAUGUGUCAAUACCGAAGGCUUUUCUAAAAAAAUUUAAAG